GCGAGUCAAGCGAGUGUUCGUCACUUUUGUCUUUCUCUGCGGGAUUAAAAGUGACAAACAUCUUUUUGUUUCGUGCUGACAUCAUGAACUUGUUUUUAUUCUUUCUUCUGGUCGUGCAAAUGCACAGCGUGACGCCUGUGAUUCACACGCUGCAGUAUUUCAAAACUGCGUCCUCUCAAGUUCCAAACUUCCCACAGUUUGUGGAAGUUGGUUAUGUUGAUGGAGUUGAGAUUAGUUACUAUGACAGCAACAUCAGGAAAGCAGAAUCCAAACAGGACUGGAUGAACAAAAUCACAGCAGAGGAUCCAAAAUACUGGCAGAGACAAACAGAGAUCAGUGUUGGUAAUGAGUUAAUUGACAAAAACAACCUUGAAGUUCUUAAGAAGCGUUUCAACCAAACUGGAGGUGUUCACAUUUUCCAGUGGAUGUAUGGAUGUGAAUGGAAUGAUGAGACUGAUGAGGUUAAAGGUUGGCAGCAGGAAGGUUAUGAUGGAGAAGAUUUCAUAUCGUUGGACAUGAAGACAUGGACAUAUACUGCAGCAAAACCACAAGCUUUCCCUGACAAACUCAAGUGGGACCAGAACAUAUUUCUACUAGACUACAAUAAGUAUUAUUACACUGAGCAUUGUCCUUCUUACUUGAAGAAGCAUGUGAAGAAUGGGAAGAAGGUCCUAAUGAGAACAGGUAGAAGCACACCUUGUACUUUCACCUUUUAACAUGUUAGCACUCCCCCUAUAGGAACAUUACUGACAUUACACUCUGUCUCUUUAUACUCUUUUCUCUUUCUCUCACCUUCUCUCCAUCUUUACCUCCAUCCACACCUUCUCUCCAUCUUUACCUCCAUCCACACCUUCUCUCCAUCUUAACCUCCGUUCUCAUC